AUGGAGAUCGACCAAAGCCUCUACAACCUACCCCAUCCGGCGCUCUGGGCUCUUUUUGAAAGGGCUGAGCCGAGAACGCUGAUGAGACUCCUGAAGUCAGAUGAGCGCCUUUUCGCUGCCGCGAAAACUUGGCCGGACAAACGGUUUGGAAUGAUCACGUGUGUGGCCCACAAGCCGCGUGCAAGAGAGAUAGCAUUCCAAACCGCACGUGCAGAGGACCUUCUUCGCCAUGCACACGUGGAAUGUUUCGAAUAUGACUCCCGCGCCCGACCUCCCGAGGCCGCAGCGAGAAGCGUACGAUGUGUGAAAAUCCUUCGAACGGACAACCCGGACAACAUUGCCCACGUAAUAAGGACGAUGCGCCCGGUACGAAUCGAAGCCGACAACAUUUGGAGCCCAAUGAGCCCGGAGCUCCGAGACGCCCUCUCCACAGCCAAUCAAAUCUCACUUGGCCACGUCGAGGACCCGGAUGUGCUCGAUUUUCUACUAAAAAAUCCGUUUGAUGAGGUGUGUUUGACCUGGCGACAUCGCCACGACAACGAUCUGGCGACUCUAUUCAAUGUGGUACAAAGGAUAAUGGAGCGCCGAAACGAUACGACGCAGUUGAUGGUUAAUUUCCGGCCGCCGCUCGAUGCAGGCCACUUGAACCCCCAAAUCUUCGGUCCGGCCUACCCGCUGACGCAGAACUAUGACAUCUGGACGUGGCUCGACGUUUUCGACAGCAUCCACAGCGACAACGCCUCGGAACUCGUGGGCCACGCCAAGCGGAUGUUCACCUGUCCGCCAGCUAAUGGUAACCAUCAUUCUGGAGUCGCGGCUACCCUUUUCGGCGCAGUUUUUAGGCCGCCCGACUGGCUGCGUGAUAUCGAUCUGAUGGGCCGGGGCAACGUGACAAUCUAUGCGGAUAUUGGGCGAGAAGCGCCAGCUGUAAACAGGUACCUACGUUUGGACAGGCUGCUGCCGGCGACUAUUCAACCAGAUCGCGCUUACAUUCGCUCAAAAGGUCGGGCAUGCGGUCGUCCCGACCUGAUGGGUGGCCCGAACGAAGCCAAUGUCGAUGCCUUCCACCAGUUAAUCGACGGCUGCCCGUUCGUCCAUCUGACGCAAUACCAUGAUGAUCGUUGGGAUUGCGACCUUUUCCUGCUCCCCUUCCAUGCCCUCAUCCGAUACGUUCUCCAAAAGUUAACACCGGCAACGUCUGCCGGCCAACGUCGUCUCAUCCUCCUCGACGUACAACUCUACCAAAAUGACUGGUGUGACGAGGAGGAGGGCAUGGAACCCGUCGUCCAAAUUUAUGGCCAUGAAGAAAGGCUGGAGGCGUUGCUGGACAUGUUGGAGAAGUCGCCACCAGCUAAUGAUAUUCAGAUCUACCAGAUGGAUCAUCUGCCAAAGUUGUCAAAAGACGACUUCGACCCGCUUUGCAACCCGACCAACGCCAACGUGAUCAUCGCCCAGAACUAUCAAUCGACUGCCCACAUCUACGCACAAUUACUGCAAAUCAACAAGAUGCGCAACCGUAGAGCGGUGGCGACGCUUCGACGGCGCUGGCCACGCCCAAUUUCCACAAACAUCGAUCACGCCUCG